CGCCGUCAGUGGGCAGCAGAGACGCGGCAUGCCCCUGGCAGGGGAGAGCGGGCUGUCCUCAGCUGGGCCAUGGGGACCCGCGCGCUGACAAUGCCGGGGUGAUAGGAGCAGCGCCAGCCACCCCGCCACCUCCACCACCAUCACCUCCCGCACUCAGCCUCCCCACCGGCCAGCACAGCACCAGCCUCCGCGUCUCUCUCUCUCUCUCUCUCUCUCUCUCUCUCUCUCUCUCUCUCUCUCUUAUUGUCUCCCACUCUUCAGGGGAUGGGGUCGGCUGAUGAUUAGGUCGGAAGCAAGAUCUUCCUUCAAAGUAUGGUAAUAUUUAUGUAGGGAGAGAGAGAGAGAGAGAGAGAGAGAGAGAGAGAGAGAGAGAGAGAGAGAGAGAAGAAACGGGAGGAGGGGAUACGGAAAUUAAACCCUUUAAGUCAAUGCAUAUUGUGGUGACACCGGCACAGGAGCCCUCACGGUGGAGACGGCCAGGGCUGUGCGUUCCCAAAAUAUGACCAGGGGUGCUUGGAUGUGUCGGCAGUAUGACGACGGCUUAAAAAUCUGGUUGGCAGCACCCCGGGAGAACGAGAAACCGUUCAUCGAUUCAGAGCGGGCUCAGAAAUGGCGACUGUCUCUGGCUUCUCUCUUGUUUUUCACAGUCCUGCUCUCUGAUCACUUGUGGUUCUGCGCCGAGGCCAAGCUGACCCGGACCCGGGACAAAGAGCAUCACCAACAGCAGCAGCAACAGCAGCAACAGCAACAGCAGCAACAGCAGCAACAGCAGCAGCAACAGCAGCAGCGACAGCAGCAGCGGCAGCGACAGCAGCAGAGGCAGCGACAGCAGGAGCCCUCCUGGCCCGCGCUCCUGGCCAGCAUGGGGGAGUCCUCGCCCGCCGCCCAGGCACACAGACUCUUCUCCGCCUCCUCGUCCCCCACCCUGCCCCCCUCCCCGGGAGGCGGCGGCGGCAGCAAGGGCAACCGAGGCAAGAACAACCGGAGCAAGGCUCUUUUUCUAGGAAACUCUGCCAAGCCGGUGUGGCGCCUAGAGACUUGUUACCCCCAGGGCGCCUCCUCCGGCCAGUGCUUCACCGUGGAGAGCGCGGACGCUGUGUGCGCCAGGAACUGGAGUCGGGGGGCGGCCGCGGGGGAGGAGCAGUCGUCCAGGGGCUCGCCGCCAACUCCGUUGUGGAACUUGUCGGAUUUUUACCUUUCGUUUUGUAAUUCCUACACACUUUGGGAGUUGUUUUCGGGGCUGUCCAGUCCCAGCACUUUGAACUGCAGUCUGGACGUGGUGCUCACGGAGGGCGGUGAGAUGACCACGUGUAGACAGUGCAUCGAGGCUUACCAGGACUACGACCACCACGCUCAGGAGAAGUAUGAAGAGUUCGAAAGCGUGCUGCAUAAGUACUUACAGUCGGAUGAGUACUCGGUGAAGUCCUGUCCUGAGGACUGCAAGAUUGUCUACAAAGCCUGGCUCUGCUCCCAGUAUUUUGAAGUCACACAGUUUAACUGCAGAAAGACCAUCCCUUGCAAGCAAUAUUGUUUGGAGGUGCAGACGAGGUGUCCGUUCAUAUUGCCCGACAAUGACGAAGUCAUUUACGGAGGCCUCUCCAGCUUCAUCUGCACAGGCGAAGGUGAAGUUUACCUUUGAAUGCCUAAGAAGAAAUGACUAUUGGCUCUACGAAACUUUCCUAACCAAUGAUGAACCCGAAUGCUGUGACAUCAGGAGCGAGGAGCAAUCCGCACCCAGACCCAAAGGGACCGUGGACAGAAGAGAUUCCUGUCCCAGGACGUCGCUCACCGUGUCCUCGGCCACGAGACUGUGCCCCGGCCGGCUGAAGCUGUGUGUGCUCGUCCUAAUCCUUCUCCACACAGUGCUCACGGCCUCCGUGGCACAGAACUCCACGGGGCUGGGCCUGGGCGGCCUCCCCACGCUUGAGGACAACUCCACCCGGGAGGACUGAGCGCAGCCAGGCGCGUGCGCACAGCACAGGGCUGGGCAGGGGCACGCACGCGUGCACAGAGCAGCAGUGACCCACCCGGGAUCCUCACCUGCUGCAGCCCGGGAACUGAACCCACCCGGGUGCUCUACCCUUGGACUUCCCGCAAGGCCUGUGGGUAACAUUCAACAAGAUGGGCCCGAUCCCCAACAUGGACACAGCCGCAGCUUUUUACCGACUAAAAGGCUGCGAGUGACUCAGUUUCUCACACCAUUUUAUACACUGUGUUUUAACGUUUGGAGGUUUUCUUUGCUUUUGGUUCGAUUUGGAUUUAUUUUCCGUUUUUAAAUUUUUAUUUUAUUUUAUUUUAUUUUUCUGCACUUGUUAAUGCAGGAUUUCUUUGGGGGUAAACUAAGUCUCUCCACUGUCUAUCUAUCGAUUUCUAGUCAUCGUGUGUCCAUCAGAUAAUUCUGUCUACGUCCUGUCAGUUUCUAAUAGAGGAAUGACCGCUAUAACCUCACGGUGUAGCAAAAAAAAAAACAACAACAAAAAAAGAAUUAAAAAAGAAAAACAACAAAAAAAGACAAAAAAAAGAAAACAACAAAAAUUAAAAAAAAAAAAAAUCCCUAAGCCUCCUUCCAACCCAUGGACGCCACGCCCUGCAGGCCAUGCUGGCCCUCGCCUUCUUCUGUCCCUAAGCAGACAACAUCCGCUUGCUUCUGUCUGUGUCUCGCAUGGUGGGUGUGUGUCCUGCACAAGCCCGAGCAGAGGGAACCAGGGGCCUAGCAGUUCCUCUGGGUGAUCCAGCAGAGUGCUUAGAGUCAGGCAGUUCACAGUUUUAUGUGGGAAACACACACAUACACACACACACACACACACAUAAUAGAAGAGUGAAACACGCUCCCUUGGACGAGUCUCUCCGGUGCCCAUCCCCGGUUCUUUCUUCCUGACCAGGCAGACAGGAGCGGCCCAUAGCCCACAGCCCGCGAGAUGCUGGCAAGCAGCCUCUCUUCAACAGCGGGCAUUUGACUCCUCUGAGCGAUGGGAGUGAAGACCAAGAAUGCAAAUCCAGACUUCUGUUCCUCCCUUAUCAUGGUGAUGGUGGGAGGGAUUCUAGUAUACAGAAUAUGUACCAUUUUAUCCCAGUAUUGCCCCAGCAUAGGGUUCCAGAUUCUUCCAGGUAUAAAACAUAUACAGCUCUGCAUUAUCACAGAGGAAAAUCUUUUCAAAACAAUCAACAGAUCAGCCAUUUUUUAACCACAGUGCGAAGCGUCCUCACUCCAGCAAGCUCUAGGUGGCUGAGAAAAAGAAGUCUAAUCACUGUUCGUAUUUCUUUUUUUUUUUUUUUUUUUUACUUCGUGGGAACAUUUCACCUGCUGAGUGUAUAUGAAUUUGCUUUCAAAAAAGGCUUUUAUGGGUUUACAGUAGGGCCAGUGGAAGGGAGAGUUAAUAAGGGCUGUUUUUACAAAACAAACAAACAAAACUAAUAAUUUUAAAAAGACACUUCACAUUCCUUCCUGUUCUCUAACUACACGUGGGAAGUGCACUUCGGGUGGGUUUGCUGUGUGGCUGAGAGGUGAAGGAAAUCCAUAGACAAGGUCCUCUUAGUGAACAAAAUUUAGUUGUUAACUUUUAGCUAUAAAACUCCCCCAGGCGUUUGUUUUCGUUCAGACAGAUCUAACCUCUGCAUCAUGCUUAACCCUGCGACAUGCGUACAGUAUGCAUAUUUUGUUUUGAAUAAAAUGUUUUGUUCCAGUCUGUUAAGAAUAUUAAAAAACUAAUAAAGGUAUUGCUUAAUAAAAUUGCUAGAAUUGUU